AUGGUUUCUCAGCCAACUAUCGCUAACGGCAUAAAGGCCCAUAUGACCACGACAACGCUCAAGAUAGAAGGCAUGACCUGCGGUGCUUGCACGUCCGCGGUCGAAGGCGCGUUCAAAGAUGUUGCGGGAAUCGGACUUUUCAGCAUCUCUGUACUAUCCGAGCGAGCUGUCAUUGAGCACAAUCCUAAAAUCAUACCGUCGGAAAAGUUGGCUGAGACGAUACAGGAUGUUGGGUUCGAUGCGGUUGUUCUGGAGACUGUAGCUGCUGGCCCCCAGGCGGGAAUCAGCACGAGCAACAGUAAGAUUGAGUUGUCAACCACUACCGUCGCGGUCUACGGCAUGACCUGUGGAGCCUGCACAUCUACCAUUGAGGGCGGAUUCAAGAAUCUCGAAGGCGUGUACCAGUUCAACAUCAGCUUGCUCGCCAGCCGCGUCGUAGUCGUGCACAACCCGUCCAAGCUCUCCACGGAUCAAAUUGUGGAGACGAUAGAAGACCGCGGCUUUGAUGCGAAGGUCGUAUCAUCAGUUGAUAGCGCUGCGAAGCGAAUAUCGCUAGGCAGCAACAUAGUGCACCUCAACAUUUAUGGACUACCAGAUACCCUCUCAGCUAGCAGGCUGGAGGCCCUUCUGCGGGAGCAACCUGGGAUAACAGCUGCGACUAUCGAUUUCACCGUCUCAAAGGCCACCAUCUGCCGAGAACAGCGGGUCAUACGCCUUCGGUCGAUUGUAGAAGCCAUUGAGGCAGCCGGAUACAAUGCGCUUGUUUCUGACCCGGACGAUAACAAUGCCCAGCUAGAGUCGUUAGUGAAGACAAAAGAGAUCAAGAGAUGGAAGUAUGCCGUCUUCUUCUCGGCCAGCUUUGCUUUUCCUAUAUUCCUCACCAGCAUGGUCUUCCCGAUGGCCCUUCCCAUCUUGGAUUACGGAAGCUUUCGCAUCCUGCCUGGCUUUUACCUAGGGGACGUUGUCUGCCUGGCUCUUACGAUCCCCGUGCAGUUUGGCAUUGGCAGCCGUUUUUACGUAUCGGCUUACAAGUCUCUGAGACACAGAUCGGCGACGAUGGAUGUCCUUGUUGUUCUCGGUACCUCUUCUGCCUUUUUCUUCAGCGUUGGGUCGAUGUUGGUAUCGAUAUGCAUACCGCCCCACUCUAGGCCAGCUACGUUAUUUGACACCAGCACCAUGUUAAUUACCUUCAUCUCUUUGGGACGGUACUUGGAGAACUCGGCCAAGGGGCAGACAUCUAAGGCCCUGUCGAACCUCAUGUCGCUGGCACCAUCCACGACCACCAUCUACGCCGAUCCUGUUGCUGCCGCAAAAGCGGCAGAGGGAUGGAAUACUAUGGAGGAGAAGGACGAGUGGGGUUCGACAGGAGCCGAUGCUGCCCGAGAAAGGGUGAUUGCCACCGAGCUCGUUGAGGCCGGCGAUAUGGUAGUCCUUCGACCGGGAGACCGAAUCCCCGCGGAUGGUUUUGUCGCGCGUGGCGAAUCUUAUGUGGACGAGGGCAUGGUGACUGGUGAGGCUACGCCUGCUCUCAAGCGCAAAGGCGAUUUUGUGAUGGCGGGCACGGUCAACGGUGCUGGCCGACUGGAUUUUACCGUGGCAUGUGCUGGUCGCGAUACCCAACUCAGCCAGAUCGUCCGCCUGGUACAGGAGGCUCAAACGAGUCGCGCCCCCAUCCAGCGCCUUGCGGACACUGUUGCUGGCUAUUUUGUUCCUAUCAUUCUCUUCCUUGGCCUCGCAACAUUCGUUGUUUGGAUGGUUCUCAGCCAUGUUCUCCAACACCCACCUAAGCUGUUCCUCGACCCCACCAGCGGCGGAAAGCUCAUGGUCUGUGUCAAGCUCUGUAUUGCUGUCAUUGUUUUUGCUUGCCCGUGUGCACUUGGCCUGGCUACUCCUACCGCAGUCAUGGUUGGCACGGGCGUCGGAGCCAAGCAGGGGAUCUUGGUAAAGGGCGGUGCUGCGUUGGAGACCGCCACCAAAAUUAACCAUGUUGUCUUCGACAAGACUGGCACGCUUACGGCCGGAGAGAUGCGUGUAUCGAAAGCUGGCCUGCAGGGCAAAUGGGCUCAGGCCGGGUACACAAGGGACCUCUGGUGGACUCUCAUCGGCCUGGCCGAAAUGGGCUCCGAACACCCGAUUGCGAGGGCUGUGGUUGCUUCAGCAAAAGAGCACUUGCGAGUUGGCCCAGAAGGUACACUGGACGGCUCGGUGAGUGACUUUGAGGUUGUUGCAGGAAAAGGCAUUGCGGCCACCGUCGAGGCCGCGCUCUCCCACAAAUGGCAGCGGUAUCGUGUUUUAAUUGGAAAUCCUGCCUAUCUCAUGUCUGAAGGCGUCGAUGUUCCCGAUAGUGUCGCGAAGCCAUUUACAUCUCCUGCACUUCGUGAUGAACCUGGGGGUGGUGCAUGUUCCGCGGGCAUCACGACCAUUCACAUUGCCAUCGGACAGGCCUAUUCCGGAACUCUCGGGCUCUCCGAUACCAUCAAACCUUCAGCUCGUGCGACUGUACUUGCUCUCCGAAGAAUGGGAGUGACUGCCUCUAUAGUUACCGGAGACACUGCUUCUUCUGCCAUGGUUGUUGCGUCCCAGGUUGGGGUGGGGUCUGCUGAUGUGCAUGCUUCGGCUACGCCAUCCGAAAAGAGUGACAUCAUUGCAGAUCUCCAGUCUCGCGGCUAUGUGGUCGCCAUGGUUGGUGAUGGCAUCAACGAUUCCCCCGCUCUCGCGUCUGCCAAUAUUGGCAUCGCUCUAUCGACUGGCACAGACGUGGCGAUGGAGGCUGCGUCGAUUGUUCUAUUGCCCUUGACAGACCUUCUUGCCAUUCCCACCAGUCUGCUUCUUAGCAAGGCUAUUUUCAACCGUAUCAAGAUGAAUCUUCUCUGGGCAUGCAUGUACAAUCUCAUCGGACUUCCGUUUGCCAUGGGCUUCUUCUUGCCGUGGGGGCUGUUCCUGCACCCCGUAGCUGCUAGCGCCGCUAUGGCAUGCUCUUCGGUUUCUGUCGUAGCGAGUAGUCUGUGCCUGAACUUGUGGCGUACGCCCAAAUGGCUCACCGUCUCUGCCUUGGACCCCAGUGCUCCGGCUCUAGAGAACAGAAAGAAAUCUGGGAAACAGAGCGACGAAAACGCAAUCAGAACCUGCAUUCAUUGGGUCAAAGAGGUAAUUGCUGCUGGGAGGAAGAGUAGGAGAGAUGGUGGAUAUGUGCCUCUGGUAGACAUGGGUGAUGAAUGA